AUAUAGGAUCAUGUACGUGGCUUAGCCAUUGUAGAAGAUAUUGAAGCCAAGUGUUGCAAAAAAACCAAAGGAAAAAAAUGGAAAUAGGGGAAGAAGGAAGAUCAUCAUCUUCAUCAUCAAGGCUGCUAGCCCUACCCCACAGCUAUGGAGGGUUACAUGAAAUGGGGUUUCUCCACUUCGAAGACCAUAACCAAGCGGCGGCCGCGGCGGCCGUCAUGAGCUUCUUUGCCCCCUCCUCCUCCUCCUCAUCUCAUCCCCGCCAUCCAAACGGCGGCGCUCACCCCGGGUUUCACGGCGGCGCCACCCAGCAGCCUCCACUACCGCUCACUCAUGAUAAUACCACUAGUAGUACUAGACCUUCAUGGAAUAAUAACCACGACCAGGUCGGAACGCUGGAUCCCAAGUGCGGAAAUGCUGAAAAUUACGGUGGUAAUUAUGCAGCCGAGGGUAGCAAUUCAUCUUGGUGGGGGAGAAGCUCUUCGAAUUCCAUGGAGAAGGGGAAGGUGAAUAAGGUGAGGAGAAAGCUAAGGGAGCCAAGAUUUUGCUUCCAAACAAGGAGUGAUAUUGAUGUUCUUGAUGAUGGUUACAAAUGGAGGAAAUAUGGCCAGAAAAUUGUCAAAAACAGCCUUCAUCCCAGGAGUUAUUAUAGGUGUACACAGAGCAAUUGCAGAGUGAAGAAGAGAGUGGAAAGGCUAUCAGAGGAUUGCAGAAUGGUUAUUACAACUUAUGAAGGCAGACACAAUCACUCCCCUUGCGAUGAUUCCAACUCUUCUGAAAAUGAUUGUUUCACUUCUUUCUAGCUCUUUUUCUUUCUCAUUUUUU